GUUUUUUUUUUUGCAUACCAUGUCAAGCUUUUCUGUAUAUAGUCAUGUCGUAGAUUUCGGAGCAAACAAGAAAUUGAUUAAAAUGUUCUAUUUUAUUUUAACAAUCAUCAGCUUCAUAUCCAGGUUUGGUACGGGUGCUUGAAAUCCUUGAAAAAUCUUGGAUUUUAAUAUUGUAGUGCGUGGAUUUCGGAUUUGGUGCUUAAAACUUCUUGAAACUGUAACCGUAUUUCAUUCACCACAAAUAACUAUCUGAUUGAAUAGUUUUCUUAUCAGAUAGAGAAAUAAAAUGAGUCGCAAAGUCUAAAAGCAACAUUUCUCUGCCUGGGCUGCCUCGUACCUCUGCACGUCAGUCUGUUUCAAUGUGUGACCCCCCACCCCCUCCCCGAGCAGUCGUGGGUGAGUGCACUAACGUGCCCGGAGGUUGCCGUUUUAAUGAGUGUUUGCUGGAAAACGAAAAAUACAAGAAGGAGUCUUCAAGAAGGAUUUGUACGUUUUCACAACGGGGGAGUUUGCUAAACUUUGACCACUUCCAGAUACUGCGGGCCAUCAGGAAAGGGAGCUUUGGAAAGGUGGGAAUUCUCGGCAUCUCUUCAGAUGCCCACGCUCCAGCCUCGGCGUCGCCGUUCUGCACGCCGGAGGCUCAGCUGUUUUCUCCGCCCGCUUCCCCUUCCCGAAGGAAGCGGCACACACGCCGCCAUAAACUGGACAUUGCUGACCAACCUAUGGUGUUUCAGGCAAGGGAACUGAAAAGUGUGCUGAGGAUAAAUGAUCAACUAGGCAGAUGUAAAUGAACAACAGCUACAGGCUGGAGGCUCUGACAUCACACCUGAUGGAGAACCUGGAGAGCUGGUCCUUGCUGAUCUUCGGCCCCAGGUGAGUUCACUGCUGAACCCCUUCCAGUUCACCUACUACCCCAACAUUACGGUAGAUGAUGCUGUCAUCCAGCUCCUACACCGAUCCCUCGCUCACCUGGAAAGUGUGUGGAGCACUGUGAGAAUCAUGUGCUUUGAUUUCUCCAGUGCUUUUAACACGAUUAUACCGACAAUCCUGAAGGACAGGCCUGAUUACACAGGUGUGGACCAUCACCACAUGGAUCCUGGACGAUCUUACCAACCACCCUCAGUACAUGAGGAAUUAUGUGUCUGAAUGGGUAGUCUGCAGUAUAGGCACCCCACAGGGAACAGUCCUGACUCCAUUUCUAUUCAUAAUAUACACAGCAGACGUCUCCUACAACUUUGCUAAAUGAUUCCUGCAAAAGUUCUGUGAUGACUCAGCAAAUAUUGGUAAAUGGGGACGACAGGAAGAACAGAUCUGGAGACAAACUAAAGUGAUUCCAUGUCUCUUUUGAGUAAGCUUUGAUGUUUGAACAUAUCCAAUUUGAGGUUUCAGGGCUCUAAUUGUGCUAUUGUGCUAAAUGCUCACUUUCAUGCAGCAUUAAUCACAUUGUUUUAAUAGUGCUACAUUUUACCUCGUCUCUGAUUGGAGCAGGCGGCACUCACAGGGGUCAUGUUGUGUGGAAGAAGAGUUCAGCUGAACAACACAUGACAUAUUACACCGAGUUAACAAAAACUAAGCCAAAUGCAGUUUUUUUUUAAUUCAUUAUUCUGGGUGU